GACACCAUGAAAUUAAAAACCCAGUUUUCUUUUGCUUUGUGUGUCUCUUUUUUCUUAGUAAUCGUCCCAUGUAACACUCGAGCUCAGCCAUUUGCGUGUGACCGAAAGGAUCCUAAAACGAGUCAGUUCCGAUUUUGUAACACUUCCUUGUCCUACGAGGAUCGAGCCAGGGACCUCGUUUCACGAUUGACACUCCAAGAGAAGGUGCGACAGUUGGUGAACAAGGCCGCCGGGGUGUCCCGGCUCGGCGUGCCGGCUUAUGAGUGGUGGUCCGAGGCGCUUCACGGCGUCUCGAACGUUGGUCCGGGAACUCGGUUCAAUGCCACGGUUCCAGGUGCGACUAGUUUCCCUGCCGUGAUCUUAUCCGCCGCGAGCUUCAACGUCACGUUGUGGCUCGAGAUGGGGCGGGUGGUGUCGACCGAGGCUCGAGCCAUGUACAAUGUCGGUCUAGCAGGGUUGACGUAUUGGAGCCCUAAUGUCAACGUGUUCCGGGACCCGAGAUGGGGCCGAGGGCAAGAAACGCCGGGUGAGGACCCUAUGGUGGUCUCGAAGUAUGCCGUGAAUUAUGUCCGGGGACUGCAAGACGUCGACUCCUCCGGGGAGGAGGACAAGCUUAAGGUUUCCAGUUGUUGCAAGCAUUACACUGCUUAUGAUUUGGACAAUUGGAAAGGCGUGGAUCGGUUCCAUUUUGAUGCAAAGGUUACGAAGCAGGACUUGGAAGAUACGUAUCAGCCACCAUUUAAGAGUUGUGUGCAGGAAGGACAUGUGAGCAGUGUGAUGUGCUCAUACAAUAGGGUGAAUGGAAUCCCUACUUGUGCUGAUCCAGACCUUCAAGGAAUAGUUAGAGGUCAAUGGGGUCUUGAUGGAUACAUUGUUUCAGACUGUGACUCAGUUGAGGUUUAUUAUAAUGCCAUCCAUUACACUGCUACACCUGAAGAUGCAGUGGCCCUUGCUUUGAAAGCAGGUUUAAACAUGAAUUGUGGGGAUUAUUUGGGGAAAUACACAGUGAAUGCAGUCAAAUUGAAGAAAGUAGAUGAAUCUGUUGUUGACCAGGCUUUAAUUUAUAAUUAUAUAGUUCUUAUGAGGCUCGGUUUCUUUGAUGGAAACCCGAAACAGCUUCCGUUCGGUGACCUCGGUCCGUCCGAUGUAUGCACCGAUGAUCAUCAGCGGUUAGCCCUUGAUGCUGCCAAGCAGGGAAUAGUUUUACUCGACAACAACGGAGAUCUUCCUCUGUCUAAAGCGGUCACAAAAAGUUUAGCCGUCAUUGGACCAAACGCUAAUGCCACAACGGUUAUGAUAAGUAACUAUGCCGGUAUACCUUGCCGGUACACUAGCCCUUUACAGGGGCUGCAAAAGUAUGUGUCAACGGCUACGUAUCAGGCAGGGUGUAGUGAUGUUAAAUGCAGUAAGGAUACACUUAUUCAGCCUGCGGUUAAGGCUGCAGUAAAUGCCGAUGCUGUGGUGCUAGUUGUGGGGCUAGAUCAAUCGAUCGAGGCUGAAGGGCUCGAUCGAGUAAACUUGACAUUGCCGGGAUAUCAAGAAAAGUUGGUGACUGAUGUUGCUAAUGCGGCAAAAGGGAAAGUGGUGCUUGUGGUUAUGGCAGCUGGUCCGAUUGAUAUAUCGUUUGCAAAGAAAAUGGGGAACAUUGGAGGCAUUCUGUGGGUCGGAUAUCCGGGUCAAGCCGGCGGAGACGCCUUAGCUCAAGUCAUAUUCGGAGACUACAGCCCAGCUGGAAGAUCACCAUUUACAUGGUAUCCACAAGAGUACGCCGAUAAGGUCCCGAUGAGCGACAUGAACAUGCGAGCCAACGCAACCUCAAACUUCCCAGGAAGAACCUAUAGAUUCUACACAGGGAAACCGGUUUACGAGUUCGGACACGGACUAAGCUACACAUCAUUCUCAAAGUUUGUAAUAUUUGCCCCUACCACAAUACCAAUCUCAACACCAAACAACAUCCUAAAACCAUACAUCGGCGAAGCUAUCGAUGCCGAGACUCUACUCUGCGACGUCCUGCAAUUCAAUGUCGUUAUCGGAUUGUGGAACAAGGGAUCGAUGGACGGAGCUCAUGUAGUGCUCCUCUUCUGGAAGCCACCAAGCUUAACUGAGGUGACUGGUGCACCGAACAAGCAGCUGAUCGGAUUCGAGAGGGUCGAAGUGAAGCAAGGGGAGACCAAGAAGGUGACAAUGAGCUUAAACGUGUGCAAAGAUUUAACCUUAGUGGAUGCUGAAGGGAAGAGGAAGCUGAUUAUAGGACAGCAUACCCUAUUUGUAGGAUCCAACACUGAGAGCCAAGUGAGGCACCAUUUCGUUGUAAGUCAAGCAGGGAAUGAAACUGGAUGUGGUGUAGUUUCUAUUUAAUGGCAGGCAAUUGACACUUCUGUUGUGCCUGCAACAUUAUUACUGUAUUAGAAUAAGGGUAAUAUACUACUAAAAAAGCCCUUAAA